AUCGGGAGCUUCCAUAAAAAGACGAACAGCAUCGGACUCGAGCCGCCCGCCCAUGCUAGCUCUCUGCGUCUGCGCUUCCUACUUCCGGCGAUAAGUCUAUCGUCGCCAACUUCUCGCAGCUAGACCACCAACCAGCGGUAGCCGAGAUGAAGUAUUCUAGAGCCGCGCUGCUCUCCCUCGCUGGCCCGGCUGCGGCCCAGGUGCAGGGUUGGGGGCAAUGCGGCGGCCAGGGCUACUCGGGGGAAACGGCCUGCGUGUCGGGCUUCGUCUGCCAGUACUCGAACCAGUGGUAUUCGCAGUGCGUGCCGGGGACCGCGGCGACCACCGCCGCGCCGCCGCCGCCGACGACGACUACGGCAGCCGUGCCUAGCAGCACGCGCACCAGCGCAUCUCCGGGGGCGACGGGCUUCGCGAAGACGGACGGGCUGCAGUUCAACAUCGACGGGGAGACGGGGUACUUCGCGGGCACCAACAGCUACUGGAUCAGCUUCCUGACGAACAACGCCGACGUCGACAAGACGCUCGACGAGCUGGCGCGCGCCGGCCACAAGAUCCUGCGCAUCUGGGGCUUCAACGACGUCACGUCGCCGCCCGGCAGCGGCACCGUCUACUUCCAGCACCUGUCCGCCGGCGGCUCCACCAUCAACACCGGCCCGAACGGCCUCCAGCGCCUCGACUACGUCGUCUCCUCCGCCGAGAAGCGCGGCAUCAAGCUCAUCAUCAACUUCGUGAACAACUGGAGCGACUACGGGGGCAUUCCGGCCUACGUGGCGGCGUUCGGCGGGACGCAGAAGACGUGGUACACGAACAGCGCGGCGCAGGCGCAGUACCGGGCGUACGUCGAGGCGGUGGUGUCGCGGUACGCGGGGUCGGCGGCGGUGUUCGCGUGGGAGCUGGCGAACGAGCCGCGCUGCAACGGGUGCGAGACGGGGGUGCUGACGCGGUGGGCGGCCGAGACGUCGGCGUACGUCAAGAGCCUCGACCCGGCGCACCUGGUGACGCUCGGCGACGAAGGCUUCGGCCUCGCCGGCGACGGCAGCUACCCCUACCAGUUCGCCGAGGGCGUCGACUUCGCCGCCAACCUCGCCAUCGACACCCUCGACUUCGCCACCUUCCACCUCUACCCCAGCCACUGGGGCACUUCCUACGACUGGGGCAACGCCUGGAUCCAGGCCCACGGCCGGGCCUGCGCCGCCGCCGGCAAGCCCUGCCUCUUCGAGGAAUACGGCUCCGAGACCGACCACUGCGGCAUCGAGAGCAAGUGGCAGGCGACGGCGCUCGCGACCGAGGGCGUCGCCGCCGACCUGUUCUGGCAGCUCGGCACGACGCUCAGCACCGGCCAGACGCACAACGACGGCUUCACCAUCUACACCGGCUCCUCCGACUGGACCUGCCUCGUCACUAACCACAUCGCCAACAUCGCUAGUAGGUAGGUCCCGCGCGGCCUCCGGCGGCCGUUGGCGCUUUUGGCUUGCCGUUCUCCGGUCGUAGACAGGAGGUGCAUGGUCCGCGGCGAGAGGGGACCGGGAGGACUGUUGUAUACAUAGGUAGCCAGAUAAUGGAUGCUGCGCUGUGUCAAGCAGCCAUGCUUUGCGAGUAUAGAGCGUGAAGUGAGGUAGACUCGAAAUUCGUGCGUGAAAAGUAACCGUCCGAUCUACCCCUGAAUGCCUAACUGAACUGAACUGACUUGCACGCAUUGGUUCUUAUUCCUACAUAGGUAAUUACAUUCCACCCAUGACACGGCAUCAGCUAACAACAAACAUCUUUGUAUACCAUCGAGUCUGCGUAUAUGCAUCGGCCAUUGUUAUAUACGAUGUGCAAACCUAUAUGUUUUUAGAUUCCAG